ACUCCUGGAACUCACGUCCGGACUCAAAGAUUUAUAGACAUAUUCGAUCACCGGAGUCUUGCUCUCGGAUGGUUCGCGACACACCGACACGAAGGCUGCCAUGCGUUCCCGUCCCCAUCCAAGAAUAACUCGAGCUUCGGAGUUCAAUGUUCAGCUCGACGGCUGAUGUGGCUUGUCAUGAAUGGCUUCGGUUCGGAGCUUGAGUUGUUUGCUGUACAUCGUGAUGCUGCCACUAGCAGUAGGAUUCGACAGUCGGUCCCCGAGGCCAAUCCGGGCACUCGGAAGUUCAGCCCGUCUAGCUAGACAACGGCCGGGGCGGGGCGUAGUGCAGCCGCAUGGCAUCGGCACAGUGGGUAGACACCGGUGCACUGGUGUCUUUGCCGGACUAGUGGUGGCUCAUGGCCAUCAUGCACGUGGUAGUUGGGCGAAGAGUAAACAAUAUUCUCCGAUUGGCUUCGAUUUGGGUUCCUCUGGGGGGGCCAGAGCUGUACCGGCAUUACGGCAUUGCCAUCAUGAGGUGUGAUCAAAUAUCGGGAUGACUCUAGCUUCUCAUGGAAGAAUAGAUUGCAUGCAGGGCGCUGCCACCCCCAUCACCGAGGCCAUGCUGUUGCUAUCGGAGGUAAGAGAAGGUAGGA